AGAUUUCAGCAGUGAUGGUAUCAGCAGAUAUUCAGUGGCAAGUUAUUCGAAAGACGUCCUCAUUCCUACGUCGACAACGUGGAAUCCCGAAACAUUUUAGUAGGGAACGUUUCAAUAUAAAGGGUGUUAAUAGUAUCCGUUUCAAUGGAUUGGUUCACAAGAAGGGUUUGGACAUUCAGGCAGCACCUGAUGGUAAAGGUAUUGUAGUGACAAUGAAGAAGCGAACUAAGAAUUCUUUUCCUACUAAGUCGAGCGUAUCGAUUACAUUGAAGAAGAACAGUCGUAAAUCGUUAAAGAGUGUGAGGAAUAUUGCCCGGAGUUAUCGAAUUGCUCAUAGAGGGCUAGCUCAGAAACGUGCUUCACAGCUACUUCGGUCAUUGAAACCAGUAGACUCACGCCGUGGACGCCGUGGACGACAUGUGCGCAAAGCAGAAGUCUGAUUGACU